UUUUACAUGGUUAAAAACAAAUUGUCUAACACAUUUUUAAUUGUAAUUGUUAAUCAGAAACACAAAUGGAUCAUCAAAAUUUUAUUAAUGAAGGUACUGUGUUACCUCUCACAGCAACAUUGAUUCAAGUAACAAAUGUUUUAACACCAUAUAUUAUGAGAAUUUCUGAGGUAAAAGGGUACAAAGAAAAAUUACAUUUAAUUAGCAAGAAACUAUCAAUGAAAAGAGGAAUACUGUUUGAUAGCAACGCAAAACUUACAAAACCAAAACUAGGAGAUAUGGUUGUAGUACCCAAUAAAUUAGACAUGGAAUUAGAUACCUGGCUGUGUAGAGGAUAUAUAUCUAAUAUUGCAGAAAAUUUAAAAGAUACAUAUAAUGUUUUUUUACCUGAUCAUGGUAUUUCAAUUCUUCUACAAAGAGAAGACUUUAUCAUAUAUUCACCUGAUUUAAUUACAGAAGAAUAUUUAAGUUAUACAGUUGGUUUGUAUAAUAUUUUACCUGCUGUUGUAGACAAUGAUCCAACAACAGAUAAGAAAGUGUUAAUAAUUUUAGAGGAGUGGAGCAAGUCAGCCAUUCAAUACACAAGAAAAGUAAUAAGCAUAUCAGAUGCAAUUUAUUUUGAUCACUUAGGAUCUGAUGAAUGUGAUAGACCUUAUGGUGAAUUUUACCUCAUUAUUGACAAUAAUGUAUUACGCUUAAGUGAUGUUUUAACUUUUAAUAAUUAUGCCGUUUACCUAGACAAUGACUUAUUAAAGGUCAUAAAAAAUCCCAAGAGUUAUGAAAUGUUAGAUAAAAAGAUGAUUGAUUCUGAGACUAUAUUUUAUAUGAAUAUUAAAAGAGAAUGUAAGACUAUUAAUGAAAAUCAGAAACACAAAGAAAAGUCUGUUAAACCUUCUUUUCUUAAAAAGAAGAAACACAUACCCAUUGAAGUUGAAAGGGACCAAGAGAAAGUAUUAAUUUAUACAGAAGAUAAGUGUGAAUACUUAGAUUCCACUUUAGAUGCAAAAUUUCCUCUUGAAAUACACAAGGCUUGGAGAUCGUUAGUAAAUUCAUCAAGGCCCAGAAAAAUUCAAUCAUAUAUUUGGCCUGCUAUAAAAAAGGGUUUAGAUGUUAUAGCAGUUGGAAUAGCAAAGUCUGGCAAAACUUUUGGAUAUGCAUUUGCAUUGUGUGGACUACUUGUAACAAUCCAAAAUCUUCCUCAAGGAGUAAAUCCAUCUGCAUUGAUAUUAUGUUCAUCAUCAUCUGAGGUAUUAGAAGUACAUUAUUUGUGUAUGGAAUUAUUACAAAGCUAUAAAAAUAUUAAAUCUGUUGCUGCAAUUAAUGGCAAACCAGAGAGAUCAUUAGUGGCUGAAAUGUUUAAUGGAUGCCAGAUUUUGAUUUCUACACCAAGAUUUUUGGCACGUUUUUUGGAUCAAAACAGAAAAUUAUUAAAUUUUCAAAAUCUUCGAUAUUUAAUUUUGGAUGGUGGUGACAUUAUUUUGGAUAAAUAUUUUGAUUCUAUCAGUAAAUUAUUUAAAAAGCAUAACAUUAUUUGUAAUAGAGAAGAUAAACAUAAUGAGAUAAUGUUACAAAUUAUAGUGACCGCGAAACAUUGGACACCGUAUCUAAAAAGAAUUGCCUAUAUUUUAAUGAAUAAUCCAUAUAUAUGUAUAACAUCAUUUAUAGAAGCUGCAGUUUUCAAAUCCGUAUGUCCAAAGGUUUAUCUAAUGAAUUCUAAGAGUAGAGAUGAAAAACUUUUAGGUCUAUUAGGUAAUGAAUAUUCCAAAUCGAGAACUGCAAUAGUUUGCACAAAUAAUGAGGAGGCUGAAAAAUUACAUAAAUUUUUAGCGAAUUGUGCAGAAACUCUUUUAAUUCAUGAAAGCAACAACUUUGCUCAUUUACAAGGUAUCAAACGAUGUUGGAAUACGAGUGUGCAUGGUUCUUAUCCGAUUUUGAUAUGCACGGAUGAUGUUUUAUCAGAUAUAAGCAUUACGAAUGUAACGUGGUUGAUACACUAUUCAAUUAAUAUGCAUUAUAGAACUCGGUUUAAUUACCGAUUUUCAACGUUACUAGAAAAUUUACAAAUGGAACGCUGUACUUGUAAAGUAACUAUUAUAGUGGAUGACAAUAGUGACAUCCAAUUUUUAAGUAUAAUUAAAAUAUUGCAACGUAUGAAUGUUCUGAUUCCUCAAUAUAUAUCAGAAAAUAUCGAGUUUAUAACAGCUACUUUAGACAAGAAAAAAGAAAACUAUCCAAUCUGUGAUAAUAUAAAAUCUUGGGGAUUUUGUAGUAAACAGCAUUCUUGUAUAUUCAGACAUAGAAUAAUUCCUGAAAUUGAUGCACCAAUUACUGAUAUUCAAAUAAAUGACAAGGUAAAAUUCAGAGUGGUGAGUGUGCAUGAUGUAACACAUAUUUCUGCCAGAGUUGUGUCAUAUAUUAAAUUUGAUACAGAAGAGGAAAUAGAAUUCUCUAAUGUAGAAUACAUGCACAUUACUAUGAAAAUUCAAGAAUUUUAUUCAUCUGUAGAAAACAGAAAGAGAUCUGACACGGUAGAAGUGGGAUGUAUAUGUGGUUUAGAAGAACCAGUAGACAGUUUCAAAAGAGUUCAAGUGCUACAUAUUAUAAAAGACGAAGAAACAGGAAAUCCGAAGUUUGUUGAUGUAAGAUGUAUUGAUAAUGGAAUGAUUUUAACAAAAUUGAAUGCAUACAGGUUGUUAUACAUACCAGAAAAAUUUGUAAAGUAUCCAGUACAAGUAAUGGAAGUAUUUUUAGUUGGUAUAGCUCCACACGAUGAGGAAUAUGUUUGGAAUAAUUGUGCGACUGACGCAGUGUAUCAAUGGUUUAAAGAAAAUAUUGAUGAAAAAUCUUAUGUAAUUGGAACGGUAAAUUUACAUCUGGGAAACACAAUAUGGGUGAACACUUUGGAAAUUGGAACAAAACUAAUUGGAUAUAAAGAUAUAAUUGGUUCUUCCCUAAAAACAGAGUUAUUAAAUAAAGAUCAUGCAGUUGAAAAUAAUAAACACUUACAUGAAAUGUAUCAGCUUUGCAAAAGCGCUGGUUUCCUGGAUAUCAAUGGAUAUAAUCUCAGUACAUUAAUAAAUAAGAAUUCACAAACUUGUCCAGUAAGUAAUUAUUCUGUACAAUUGUUAAAGAUUAUAAUUCAAAAUAAUAAAUAUUUUAAUGGUUUAUUACGUGUAAGUAUAUGUACAUAUAUGCACAUGCUUACGCAUAUCCACAACAUAUAUAUAUAUAUCAAACGUUUGUUUUCCUCUAUAAUUCAUUUUUUAUGAGUUGCUCUGAACUGUUAU